AUGAAUGGUGACACUCAGGCUGCAGUGGUGACCUCACCACCCCCGACCACAGCCCCUCACAAAGAGAGGUACUUCGACAGGGUGGAUGAGAACAACCCAGAGUACCUGCGGGAGAGGAACAUGGCACCUGACCUUCGCCAGGACUUCAACAUGAUGGAGCAGAAGAAGAGAGUGUCCAUGAUCCUGCAGAGCCCUGCUUUCUGUGAAGAGUUGGAGUCGAUGAUCCAGGAGCAGUUUAAGAAGGGGAAAAACCCCACCGGCCUGCUGGCAUUGCAGCAGAUUGCGGACUUCAUGACCACGAAUGCUCCGAGCGUCUACCCGGCCGCCCCGCAAGGAGGGAUGGCUGCCUUGAAUAUGAGUCUUGGUAUGGUGACUCCUGUGAACGACCUGAGAGGAUCUGAUUCUAUUGCCUAUGACAAAGGGGAGAAGUUACUGCGGUGCAAAUUGGCAGCAUUCUACAGACUGGCAGACCUCUUCGGGUGGUCUCAGCUUAUCUACAAUCACAUCACAACCAGAGUGAGCUCCGAGCAGGAACAGUUCCUCAUUGUACCGUUUGGGCUUCUCUACAGUGAAGUGACUGCAUCCAGUUUGGUGAAAAUCAAUCUGCAGGGAGAUGUCGUAGACCGGGGGAGCACUAAUCUAGGCGUCAAUCAAGCUGGCUUCACGCUGCACUCCGCCAUCUACGCCGCGCGGCCAGACGUGAAGUGUGUGGUCCACAUUCACACGCCCGCAGGGGCCGCGGUCUCCGCCAUGAAAUGCGGGCUCCUACCCAUCUCCCCGGAGGCCCUCUCCCUCGGAGAAGUGGCUUACCAUGAUUAUCAUGGGAUUUUGGUUGAUGAAGAGGAGAAGGUUUUAAUCCAGAAAAAUUUGGGUCCUAAAAGCAAGGUCCUCAUCCUCCGGAACCACGGGCUGGUGUCGGUCGGCGAGAGCGUUGAGGAGGCCUUCUACUACAUCCACAACCUCGUGGUGGCAUGUGAGAUCCAGGUCCGAACUCUGGCCAGUUCAGGAGGGCCGGACAACUUAGUCCUCCUGGAUCCGGGAAAAUACAAAGCCAAGUCCCGCUCCCCGGGGGCCCCAGCAGGGGAGAGCACCGCGCCGCCCAAGUGGCUGAUCGGGGAGCAGGAGUUCGAAGCCCUCAUGCGGAUGCUCGACAACCUGGGCUACAGGACUGGCUACCCUUACCGCUACCCGGCCCUGCGAGAGAAGUCCAAGAAGUACAGCGACGUGGAGGUUCCCGCUAGCGUCACCGGCUACUCCUUUGCUAGUGACGGCGAUUCGGGCACUUGCUCUCCUCUCAGACACAGUUUUCAGAAGCAGCAACGAGAGAAGACAAGAUGGCUGAACUCUGGCCGGGGUGACGAUGCCUCUGAGGAAGGGCAGAACGGAAGCAGCCCCAAGUCGAAGACUAAGUGGACUAAAGAGGAUGGACAUAGAACCUCCACCUCUGCUGUCCCUAACCUGUUUGUUCCAUUGAACACAAACCCGAAGGAGGUGCAGGAGAUGAGGAACAAGAUCCGAGAGCAGAACCUGCAGGACAUUAAAACGGCCGGCCCCCAGUCGCAGGUGCUGUGCGGUGUGGUGAUGGACAGGAGCCUCGUCCAGGGGGAGCUGGUGACGGCCUCCAAGGCCAUUAUUGAGAAGGAGUACCAGCCCCACGUCAUCGUGAGCACCGCCGGCCCCAACCCCUUCAACACGCUCACGGACCGCGAGCUGGAGGAGUACCGCCGGGAGGUGGAGCGCAAGCACAGGGGCCCCCCAGAGAGUCUGGAUGAGACUAGAGAGCAGAAAGACGGCCCCCCAGAGCCCCUGGCUGCCCCCUGCUCCCCCGGCAAGCUGGAGGAAGACCUGCAGGAUGCUGUUUUCCGAGACGACAGUGAUGCUGCCACCUUCAAGCCCACUCUCCCUGACCUGUCCCCCGACGAGCCUUCCGAAGCGCUUGGCUUCCCGACCCUGGACAAGGAGGAGGAAGCGGGGCUUGGCGAAGCCCAUGGCCCCCCCAGCCCCCCCAGGUCCUCCACGGCUGCCAGUCCCGAGCCGGCCCCGGCCCCGGCGGCGGAGGAAGCCCCCUCCCCGGCUGCCGAGGGGGCUGCCGCAGACCCAGGCAGUGACGGGUCUCCGGGCAAGUCCCCGUCCAAGAAGAAGAAGAAGUUCCGCACCCCCUCCUUCCUGAAGAAGGCCAAGAAGAAGAGCGACUGCUGA